GACAUCGCGAAUCGCGACAGAAGCAGCUCGACACGUUCGGAUCCUUUUCUUUGUCGCUAAUCGAGCACAUUCCCUUUAAUUCAUGAUGUCGAAGUUCAGACUAGCCUGCCUCCAACUCUGUUUACGGGGCGACAAGCAGGCAUCGUUAGCACAUGCGCGCUUAAUGAUAGACAAAGCUGUGAAAGAAGGCGGCGCUCAGAUGGUUUGCCUCUCGGAGUGCUUUGCAAUUCCUUACGGACCUCAGUUUUUCCGACCCAAUGCGGAGCUUGUUCCCGACGGAGAAACGUCACAAAUGCUCAAGCAGGCAGCUGAAGAGAAUAAAGUCUUCUUGGUCGGUGGCAGCAUGUCCGAAAAAGACGCGGCGGAUCGUUUGUACAAUACGUGUCUGGUGUACGAUCCAGAGGGAAAACUGGUUGCCACCCAUCGCAAAGUCCAUUUAUUCGAUAUCGACAUCCCCGGGAAGAUUACCUUCAAGGAAAGCGAUUCUUUCACUGCCGGCGAUCAUCUCACUACAUUCGAUACUCCAUACUGCAGAGUCGGUCUUGGAAUAUGCUAUGACAUAAGAUUCGCACCCAUGGCUCAGAUUUAUCGCCAAAGAGGAUGCAAAUUGCUUCUCUAUCCUGGAGCUUUCAACAUGGUCACCGGACCUCUGAACUGGGAGCUUCUAUGUAGAGGUCGCGCAGUUGACAACCAGCUCUACGUGGCGUCCGUUUCCCCAGCCAGAGAUACGUCUGCUUCGUACGUAGCAUUCGGACACACUAUGGUAGCGAGUCCGAGAGGCACUGUGGUCUCGUCCACAGACGAAAACGAAUCGAUCGUGUACGCGGAUAUCGAUCUCGACGAAGUCCAAGCCGCUCGCGAACAAAUACCCAUUGGAGCUCAAAUCAGAGCGGACCUCUACGCGGUCGAGGAUAAAAAGACGCCAUAGUCCAUGUACAGACAUAUCGAUGGAGGACCGACCGCAUGGUUGAAAA